ACUAUCCUCAUGCAAAACAUCUGAAACCUUUCAAUAUCUCUCCUCUUUCUCUCUCAUCUUUCUUGAAUAUUAAAUCAUGCCUUCAAUAGUCUCUUCAGUUCAUUUAAAUCAAAAGCAUUUAGACAUUAAUUCCAUGAAAGAGCUGCCCGAGUCUCAUGCAUGGACCACUCCGGGAAGUGAUGAUGUUGGAUCCGACUCCGAUUUCUAUCUGUUAUCUGGGUCGGAUUCGGUUCCGGUUAUAGACCUUGACCACCCCAUGGUUAUGGACCAUAUGGGUCAUGCAUGCCGAACAUGGGGUGUUUUUCAGGUCCUGAAUCAUCAUAUAGAUACAAAACUUCUUCAAGAUAUGGAAUCUGCGGGGAAUAGUUUAUUCUCUCUUCCUAUCCAAACCAAACUUCUUGCCGCCCGCCCGCCCGACGGUGUAACCGGAUAUGGGGUCGCCCGUAUCUCCUCUUUCUUCUCUAAACACAUGUGGUCCGAGGGUUUCACCAUUUUCGGGUCGCCAACGGACCACGCCCGUUCUCUAUGGCCCCAUGACUAUACAAAAUUCUGCGAUCUGAUUAAAGAAUAUGAGGAUGAAAUGAAGAUGUUAUCAAAAAGGGUGAUGUGGUUAAUGCUCGGUUCAUUGGGUUUAUCGAUGGACGAUGUGAAAUGGGCAGAACAAUCCGGUUCAGCAGCUAUCCAGUUCAAUUCCUACCCGUCUUGCCCGGAUCCAGAUCGAGCCAUGGGUUUAGCCGCCCACACCGACUCAACCCUAUUCACAAUUCUCUAUCAAAGCAACACCAGCGGUCUACAAGUACAACGAGAAAAAGCCAAGUGGCUAACCGUUCCUCCAAUAACCGGGGCUUUAGUAAUCAACAUAGGUGACCUUUUUCACAUACUAUCAAACGGGUCAUACCCAAGUAUUCUCCAUCGGGCUGUAGUGAACCGAACUCAACAUAGACUCUCAAUAGCCUUUCUAUAUGGACCACCCGCAAACAUUUUAAUCUCGCCCAUAUCAAAACUCGUGGACUCGAGUCACCCGGCUCUAUUCCGAGCGGUGACUUGGUCCGAGUAUUUGGGCUUAAAGGCUAAACACUUCAACAAGGCGUUGUCAAUGGUUCGAGUUUGCGCGAAUCGAAUUAGUUUUAUGUAAAUGAGUUAUCGUGAUGGGUUUAGAAGUUGGUUAUGAAAAAUGUUAACUAAUUAUGUUUUCAGUUUAAUAAGAUGUUUUUUUUAGUUUGAUA